AUGCUGCUCCUCACUUCGCUCGCUCGCCUACGCUCUUCUUCCCUUGCCCCACCCACACACAGUGGACGAUGCAGCGUUGAGGCAGCAGUUGAGGGACCACGAGUUGCAACGCGUGCUGCUCCUCACUUUCCUUACUCGCCUAUUCCCUUCCUCCCCUGCCAAACAUACACAGCGGAUGAUGCAGCGUUGAGGCAGCAGUUGGGGGACCACGAGUUGCAACGCGUGCUGCUCCUUAUCGACAGCUCCCCGCACCCAGAAGCACUCCUUUCCUCUCUCCUACACUUCUCUUCUCUCGACCCCUCUCGCCCUUCCUGCCUGCUUUUCUCCCUCAAGUUGCACCUCAACCUCAUCCCUUAUCUCUUUGUCAGCAGCCUCAAAAGUGGUCCUAUGGCUGAAGCAUUUCCUCCCUUUCCUCUUCCUUUUGAUGAUUGUGUCCUCGCAGGACCCCUCCAUGUGCCACCUGCUGCUGCACCCGACCUUCCGCCUCCUCCCUUCUCUCACCCGCCACCUCUCACCCGCCACCUCUCACCCGCCACCCCUCACCCGUGCCCUCCUCACACUCCUCCUCCACCGCCUGCCGCAUCACCUGUCCCCGCCUGCCGUCAAGCCGCCCUCUCGCUUCUGCAAGCGCUCGCUAGCCACCCAUCGUUUGCUGCUGCCACGCGUUGCACUUCGCCCGCCACCACCACUGCAGCAUCGCCCCUCACCCCACUCCUCACCUUUGCCCUGCAAGCAGCCCACACACCCCUCCCCCUGACCCGCUGCCACUGCCCCCACCUGCCCUCCCUCCGCCUCAUCUCAUCCUCCUCCUUGCCUGCCAGCUCAGCACGCGAUGACUCAGCAGCCAGCCAUGUGGCAGCAUCUGCCUGGCAGACCGCAGCGAGCCUCCUGCGCUGGCCGGGUGGCCAUCAUGACCCGGCUGUACUGUGGGCGGCAGGCUUGUCUGCAUCUGUGCUGACACGUGCACUGCUGGGCGGCAGGUUGUAUGAACAGUCAGGAUGUGCAGAGGGCAGCAGCGAAGAGCAGAUGGGUAUUCGGGGGGGUGACGGCAGGGCGGGUGGGGGGGAGGAGCAGGUGGGAGGGUCGCAAGUCGUCAUGGCAGCAGCGUGGGAGGCAGUGAGGUGGAUGGCAGCAUUCUGCCACGUGGCAGUGUGUGACUCAGAGGGGGGUGUGACUCUAGUGAAGGCGAAGGAGGCAGGAGGCAGGGCAUGUGGGAAGGCAGGCGAGAGCGAAGAGAACAAGGGAGGGGCGGGCAGUGGUGGCGGUGGGGGGCGAGGAGGGGGAGGGUGGGGGGGGGGGGAGCAGUUUGGGCAUGCAGGCAUGGAGGCGGUGGCAGCGCUGGCAUGUGCUCACCUAGUCGCACUGCUCGCUCCCUCCUCAAACGCCACACCUCACCCCACUGCUGUCUCCACCACACCCUCGCCCGCACCCACCACCCCCCUGCACCCGCCCACGGCUCACGCCCUGCUCGGUGCGCUGUUCGCCCUGCUCUCCUCGCCCUGCCCCGCCCUCGCCUCCCUCUCCCGCACCGCUCUCUCUCAAGCACUCACAGCAGCCACCACCCGCCCUGCCACCUCGUGUGAGGCGCAGGGCACAGGGGGGGGCGGGAGAGAGGGUGGUGUGCGGGCAGCAAGCAGGGCAGCACCCAGUGGCCCCCAUGACCACAGCAGCGCUGCAGGGGAGGCACGUGGUGACGGCAGCAGCAGUAGCAGCAGUGGCGGGUGCAGGACAGAGGGCAGGGCAUGGGAGGGCGGCCAUGAGCCUAGUGUGAGUGGCCUGGCAGCGGCUGCUGUGCGCCAGGCCUCCCUGGCGUGCCGCCUCUGCUCGCGCUCCGCCCCUCGUCACUCCUCUGCACCAUUUCUCACCGCUGACAUGCCAGUACAGGAGGUGGAAGCUGCGAUGAAGCUGCUGGUGGUGGCAGCACUGGCGUGUGACGGGCGGGAUGGGGAGGCAGUGCGGGCGGAGGGGGGCUUGCAGGCCGUGGGACUCGUGGGGGAGCUGGAGGGAGGGGAGGACGAGGUGGUGGUGGGAGUGAUGGGGGGCGGGGGAGACAGCGACGCCAAUGGGGAGAUGGGUGCUGACACCAUGCUGCUGGCUCAUGAGAGACCGCACAUACCACAUGCGCCAUACAGUGCUGACGUCACAGCAUGGCAAGGUGCUGACAUCAUCCUGUUCUCUGGCCUCACAGCCCUUGUCGCCCUCCUGCACCGCGCACAACCGUUACCAUCCCACCCCACGGCAGUGGCAUUAGAGCCACUGGCACUCACCCCCCCCCCCGGCACACUCCUCCCUGACAACCUCAUCCCCGCCCUCACUCGUCUCCUCCACCCCGCAUCGCCCGCUGGUCUGCGCUGCCUCGCUGCCCGAUGCCUCUCUCUCUGCCGCUCGCUGCCCCGCCCUCCCCCACCCUCCGCUGCACUGCCUGCUGCUGCCAAACAGCCCUCUCAGCAUCAGCCCUCUCAGCAGCAGCCCUCUCAGCAGCAGCCCUCUCAGCAGCAGCCAUAUCAUCAUCCUCCAUCUCUCCAUCCGCCUGCCACACACACCCACGUGGCGUUCGUCCUCACGCACCCCUCGGCACCCACUUCUACUGCUGUCGCCUCCCCACUGCGAGUGGUGGCGCAUGCGGCAAUCAUUGCUGCCCGCUGCCCCACCCUCCUCUCGCCCCUCAAAGCCCCCCCUGCCCCUGCCCACGCCUCUCCAUCUGCCCCCCCCCAUAGCAGCACCUUUCUUCCCGUUCAGGAAAAGGAUGGGGGGGCGAGUGGGCAAGCGCUGGUAGCGAGGGGAGGAGUCCGGGCAGAGGGAGAGGAGGGGGUGGUGAGGGAGGUGCGCCUGGGGAGGGGUGUGAGUGGCGAGACGUUCAGUCAGCUCUUGGAGUAUAUUUACACGGGACAGGUGUCGCUCUCUCAUUGGCCGUCAAAGGAUCUGCUGCAGCUGGCUAAGAAGUGCCGAUUGGAUGGGCUCGUUGCACUCCUUCGCUGUGAUUGGCCGAUGUGGGGCAGUGAUGAUGCGUUGGGGUGUGAUCUGACGUCAGCACUUGGUCCUGCUGGCCUGCCUUGGAGCGACAUUGUGCUGUGUGUGCCGUGCACGCGCCACGCUCCCCCCUCCCCCACGCACCAACCACCUGCAAGCGCCAGCAGCCAUGGGGAAGAGGCGCAGCAUGAGGCGUGCGGAGGGCCAGACGGGGGGGGCAGCGGUGAGGGGGGGGGCGGGCAGGGGGGCGUGUGGCGGUGUGUGCGGGUGGUGGCGCACCGCUGUGUGCUGGGCGCGCGCAGCCAGUACCUGCACGCCCUGCUGCACUGCGGCAUGCGUGAAAGCUCGCAGCACGAGGUGCAGCUGCCACCACUGCCCCUACCAGCGCUCAUCGCUCUCCUGCGCUUCCUCUACUCCGCCCGCGUCUCCUUCCUCCCCCUGCCCCUCCCUCCCCAUGCCACCCGCACGCCCACCAACAUGAGCCACCCAACCCCCACCACUGCUGCUGCGAGCCCCAGCCGGCAUCACAGCGCUCCUGUGCCACUCUCCUCUGUGCGCCUGCCCCCACUCUCGCUCUCCACAUGCCUGUUCUCCGCAGUGCACCUCGCAUCGCUCGCUCACCAGUGGAUGCUGCCCGCCCUGCACCACAGCGCCCUCUGCUACGUGGCAUCACGCCUUCGCGCCACCUGGCAUGCCCCAGUCAGCGGCGGGCCAUGCAAGAGUGCUGUUUACGGCAAUGAUGGCAGCAGCAGCAGCACGGGCAGCAGCACCUCCUCUGGCACGGAUUGGGUCCAGGAGGGCUCAGUGGCACCGUGGGCGGCAGCCUGGGCGGCGGGGCAGUGGGAGAUGGUGGGAGAGGCGGUGGUGCGGGCAGCAUGGGCGGCGGGGCAGUGGGAGAUGGUGGGAGAGGCGGUGAGCGGCCUGGCGCCGUGGUACCCCGCCAUGCGCCAUUCAGGCUGCCUGCACCGCCUGCCACCGCAGGUGCAGAGCGCUGUCAGGGAGGCGCAUGUGCGCUUGCUCACCGCGCGGCCUUGA